AUGGCCGAAGCCGAGCAGCCGCGCAAGUCACGCUUCAAGAGGGCAAAGACUACCGACGACCGAUCAAACCCAUACCUUGCGCACAUGUACAGCGAAGACGAUUCGCAAGGCGUCGGCCUGAACGGCGGCGCAAAUGGAGCACAUACGAAUGGCGCGCCGCAGUAUACCGGCGGAGACUUGAGCAAGUGGCAGCGCCAUGCCACGACUGCAAAGAUGGCCAAGACGGCAGAAGAUGGACCACAGAACCCCUUCACCGGCCAGCCGCUUUCGCAGCGAUAUUUCGGCAUCCUCAAGACUCGCCGCGAUCUACCUGUACACACGCAGCGGCAAGAGUUCCUGGACAUGUACCAUAACACUCAAAUCUUGGUGUUUGUGGGUGAGACGGGUUCCGGAAAGACGACACAGAUCCCCCAGUUCGUGCUGUACGAUGAUCUACCGCAGAUGGAGGGCAAGAUGGUUGCUUGUACGCAGCCUCGUCGAGUCGCUGCCAUGUCUGUGGCUCAGCGUGUCGCGCAGGAGAUGGACGUGCAAUUAGGUGAGGAAGUCGGUUACAGCAUCCGUUUUGAGGACAUGACUGGGCCAAAGACAAUCAUGAAGUACAUGACGGACGGUAUGCUGCUGAGAGAAGCCAUGAACGACCACGAUAUGAAGCGGUAUAGCACGAUUAUCCUCGACGAGGCCCACGAGAGAACGCUGGCAACAGAUAUUCUCAUGGGCUUGCUGAAGGAGGUCGUAGCACGGAGACCUGAUCUCAAACUGAUCAUCAUGUCUGCUACCCUCGAUGCACAAAAGUUCCAGAAGUACUUCAAUAACGCACCACUAUUAGCGGUACCUGGUCGCACACACCCUGUCGAGAUCUUCUACACUCCAGAGCCGGAGCGAGAUUACGUCGAAGCUGCGCUACGGACAGUCUUGCAGAUACACGCAACGGAACCUGAAGGCGACAUACUUCUAUUCUUAACAGGUGAAGAGGAGAUUGAGGACGCGUGUAGAAAGAUCAGUCUGGAGGCGGACGAGAUGACACGCGAAGCGGAUGCUGGGCCGUUGAAGGUCUACCCACUGUACGGUACCCUGCCACCAGCGCAGCAGCAAAAGAUCUUCGAGCCGGCGCCUCCACCCUACAAACCCGGAGGAAAGCCAGGUCGAAAAGUCAUUGUCUCCACAAAUAUUGCCGAAACAUCGCUUACCAUCGACGGCAUCGUGUAUGUCGUCGAUCCUGGCUUCAGCAAACAGAAGGUCUACAAUCCACGCAUCCGAGUUGAGUCCCUCCUGGUUUCACCUAUUAGCAAAGCAUCAGCACAACAGAGAGCCGGUCGUGCCGGUCGUACACGGCCUGGAAAGUGCUUUCGGUUAUAUACCGAAGCCGCCUUCAAGAAGGAGCUUAUCGAUCAGUCGUACCCCGAGAUUCUGCGCUCCAAUCUAGCAAGUACAGUGCUGGAACUAAAGAAGCUCGGUGUGGACGACCUCGUACAUUUCGAUCUCAUGGAUCCUCCGGCGCCUGAAACACUUAUGCGGGCACUCGAGGAGCUCAACUACCUGGCAUGUCUGGACGAUGAAGGCGAGCUUACUGCUCUGGGCAAGUUGGCCUCGGAAUUUCCGCUCGACCCGGCUCUUGCAGUCAUGCUAAUCUCUUCGCCCGAGUUCUACUGCUCCAACGAGAUUCUAUCCUUGACUGCACUUCUGUCAGUACCACAACUGUUCAACCGACCAGCAAAUGCUCGGAAGAGGGCAGACGAGAUGAAGAACCUGUUCGCUCACGAAGAUGGCGACCACCUCACGAUGCUAAAUGUCUACCAUGCCUUCAAGUCUCCUGCGGCGCAAGAAAACCCGAAGCAGUGGACACACGACCACUUCCUCUCUUAUCGUGCCUUGCAGCAAGCCGACAAUGUUCGCUUGCAGCUGAAGCGGAUUAUGGAGCGGGAGGAGGUGGAGCUAGUCUCCACCCCGUUCAAUGACAAAAACUACUACUCCAAUAUUCGGCGCGCUCUCGUCUCUGGCUUCUUCAUGCAAGUUGCCAAGAGAGAGAGCUCUGGAAAGACCUAUGUCACUGUCAAGGACAAUCAGACCGUGCUACUGCACCCCAGCACUGUGUUAGGACAGGACUCGGAAUGGGUUGUCUACAACGAAUUCGUCCUGACUAGCAAGAACUACAUCCGGACAGUCACGGCGGUCAAGGCUGAAUGGCUGCUGGACAUUGCACCCAACUACUACGACAUCGAGAGCUUCUCUAAGGGAGACGUCAAGACUGCUCUACAGCGGUGCGCGACGAAGGUGGCGAGGGAUCAAGCGCGGAAGGCGAGAUAG